UGAACUUGUUGAGCAUGUCUAAAACAAUAUGUCGCAUUGUAAACAGCACAGUUUGUCAUGUAUUGCCAAUCGCGACAACAUAAAAGGGGUACAGAUAGUUGCUUUCAUCUCACCUCUUAAAACUUCAAAAAAUAGUGAGUCAGAAAUGAUGUUUGAUAGUAGUUCUCAAGAUAUGAAGAGAUGGACAUUUGAAUGUUUCAGAAAGUUGACACUGGAACUUGAACCCUUCCUCAUGCCAGACAAAAUUAUUGCAAUUGAUAUUGUUCCAGUAACCCCACAUGGAAAAAUUGACGAAAAUGAAUUAAAAAGAAUAUAUAUUGCAAAACAACAUAAAAAAGUCACCGCCAUUACAAAAGAAAUUAUAAAUAAAGCAGUUAUUUCAAUAUUGCCGAUAGUCCUUCGCAAAGAUAUGACCAAAAUUGACAAUAUUCAGAAGUAUUCUGAAAAAAGUUUUGUGCAACUGGGUGGGGAUUCUUUUGCUGAAGUUUUGUUUCUCAACUGCCUGGAAACAUUUCUUGAAGCUCCUAUUUUUAAAGUUGAACCUAAUAUUAUGUCUAUACUACACAAUCACAUAAUAAAAGAAUUUGUUGAAUUAUUAGCAAAAAAAUUCAGAAUAUAUAAAGAGGAUUCUUGCUUGGAAUCACAAUCUAAAAAACGGAAAACAACAUUGACAGACACAAACAAUCCUGCAAUAAAUCACCUCAAUAGUUCAGAAAUGGAGGUUGUUGCUAUCGGUAGAGGACGAAGAUUAUACCAUGUUGCUAAAAACAAGAAUAGUGUUUCAACAUUGAAUACACUUCCUGCACAACAUAAUGUUCUUCACAAAAUGAAAUUGGUUUGGAAAUAUGAUACAGGAAAAUGCAUUGAUGCUUCACCAUUAAUUUCUUUCUACAAAUAUCAGGAUGGAAUAUGUUAUAUAGGAUCUCACAGCCAUUUAUUUUCUGCUGUUUCUUUGAGAACUGGCAACAGCGUAUGGAAUCAUGAAUUACCUGACAAAAUAGAAUCAUCUGCUUGUCUAGUACCAGUCAACAAUGGAGGAGUCGUCUGUGUUGGUUGUAAUGAUGGUUGCAUUUAUUUCUUUGAAGCUUUAUGUGGUGAAAUUUCAUGGAAAUUUCAAACUGGAUCUCAUGUUAAAUCAUCUCCUUGUUGGUUGGAAGGAACAUCAUUUGUUUAUGUUGGGUCGCAUGAUGGAUUUUUAUAUUCAUUAGAUAUUGAAACAAGAAAAUGUCAAUGGAAAAUUAAUUGUGAUGGAGGUUCUGUGUUUUCUUCUCCUGUUACAUACCAGGCACCCAAACAGUCAUUUGCUGUGGUCAUCAUUGCAACACUUGGAGGCAAAGUUUUGUCUCUCUCAGCUGUAGAUGGGAAUUUAAUUUGGAAAUAUAAUGUUGGGAAACCUGUAUUCUCAUCACCUUCUGUGAAUGAGUAUGGAGUCUGUGUUGGAUGUGUUGACUGCAUUGUUUAUUUCUUUGAUAUAAUCACAGGAGAAAAGUUAUGGUCCUUUCAAACUGAAUGUCCAAUAUUUUCAUCCCCAUGUUUUUCGGAAGACGGGCGAUCGAUAGCUGUUGGCUCACAUGACGGUUAUUUGUAUAAUAUCAACUCAAAUGAUGGAUCUCUUGUUUGGUCAACAAGAUCUUCUGACAAAUCACCAGUGUAUUCAACACCAUUCGUUGUAUACUUCAAGGAAAUUUUAAAAAACAUCAUCGUUUUUGCUUCAACUUCCGGCCACGUUUACGUGUUAGAUCAACAAAAUGGCGACGUUAUUUCCAAGCACAUUUUACCUAAAGAAGUGUUUUCAUCACCUGUAGUGGUGCUUCGCAAGUCUCACAUUGAAGCAAACGAUAAGACGUUGAAAAUUAUGGUUGGAUGUAGAGAUGAUAGCUUAUAUUGUUUGCAUUUAUCACUGUGAUAUCAUGGAAUAUAAUAUAUAUUUGAUCAAGACUGAAUUCUAUGAUCGUCGAGUUUUUAAACAUAUCUAUCUAGUUGUUGAAUGUACCUAUUUCAUCCUGUAUGCAACGGCCCCAAACAUGUUAAUGAUCAGUAGUAACUGGAGAUGAAGGAGAUCAACUUUGCGGAUUGGAUGUCGGUUGAAUUGCAUAUCAGGAGCAGUGCUACGCGAUAUAAGAGAGGGUGAAUUCCCAAAAAACAGAAACCAUAGUCUUUUUUCCAAAUGUUCUUAGUUCUGUUUUUUUUUUAAAUUAUUCUUUUUUUUUGGGGGGGGGUACUCUAUUCUAUGGUAUGUAACUCAUAUGCAGCUGUGAGAAGAUCUUAUUUUUGGGGAGACAGUCGAAUAAAAUAUCUAUUUUUAUAUUUGUAUUAGCACUUCGGGAAACAAACCGCAGUUGUAUGGAAAUUGAUAAAGGGCACAUAUUCUAUGAGCAGGAACUUUCAAAUUCAACAGCAACAAUAAACGUGUUAUACAAACUAUUUUAUGUAUGGAUCAUUUUCAAAUCCUUCAAUUUUGUUUCGCGA